CCCGGCAACACCAGUGACGCAGGCCAGUGGGGAAAGGGGCUUCCUGACCGCUCCUGCAACGGCCCCUCCCCACGUUCCGGCCCUGCUGCCCGUUUGGCCGGGUUGGUACUGCGCAUGCGCCCCGCCCCAGCCCUCCCCCGCCGGCCACUGGCUGCCGGGGCCGGGCGGGGGCUGCAGUCGCCCCGCCCUGGGGAGGAGGGCGCGCGGCGCCGGGCACGGGGCGCGCUGAACAGGGAGCCGGCGCUCCCGGCCCCACCGCCGCCACUAUGCCCGGCAAGUCUCGCUACAACCUGGUCGACGACAGGCACGACCUGCGCGUGCCGCUGCACAAUGAAGACGCCUUCCAGCACGGCAUCCGCUUCGAGGCCAAGUACAUUGGAAGCCUUGAUGUGCCUCGGCCAAACAGCAGGGUGGAGAUUGUGACUGCAAUGCGAAGAAUCAGGUACGAGUUUAAAGCCAAGAACAUCAAGAAGAAGAAAGUGAGUCUCUUGGUGUCAGUGGACGGGGUGAAGGUCCUGCUGAAAAAGAAGAAGAAGAUGCCUUCAUUGCAGAAAAGAGAGUGGACCUGGGAUGAGAGCAAAAUGCUGGUGAUGCAGGAUCCCAUCUACAGGAUAUUCUAUGUGUCUCACGACUCCCAAGACCUGAAGAUCUUCAGCUACAUCGCCAGAGAUGGCUCCAGCAAUGUCUUCAGGUGUAACGUCUUCAAGUCCAAGAAGAAGAGCCAGGCCAUGCGCAUCGUCCGCACUGUGGGGCAGGCCUUCGAGGUGUGCCACAAGCUGAGCCUGCAGCACACCCAGCAGGAUGCGGAUGGGCAGGAAGAUGGUGACAGCGAGGACGUGGAUGGUGCAGCCUGCCACCCAGCCAGAGCUGAGAAGGCAGCUGCCCCCACAGAGGAGACCGAUAUCGAUGCAGUGGAGAUCCCUCCGCCAGGGAGCAGCACCCUGGAGUUCAGCCGGGGGGUGACGGACCUCGACGCCGUGAGGAACGACUCCGGGCACUCUCUGGACACCAAGGGCUCCCUCCACCCCGAGAGUAUCCUGACUGCAUCGCCCAAGCUGCUGCUCCCCUCCUCGUCCCAGCUGCCGGACCUGGGGACUCCCCUCUCCACUCAUCACCAAAUGCAGCUUCUCCGGCAGCUUCUGCAGCAGCAGACGCAACAGACACAAGUGGCCGUGGCCCAGGUUCACUUGCUGAAGGACCAGCUGGCUGCAGAGGCAGCAGCUCGGCUGGAGGCCCAGGCGCGUGUGCACCAGCUCUUGCUGCAGAACAAGGACAUGCUCCAGCACAUCUCGCUGCUGGUCAGGCAGGUGCAGGAGCUGGAGCUGAAGCUGUCAGGAAGCAACACCAGUUCCCAGGACAGUCUGCUGGAGAUCACCUACCGCUGCAAUGCCCUGCCAGUGCUGUGCGACCCCACCACCCCGAAGCCUGAGGACCUACACCUGCCGCUGCUGGGCCCUAGCCCCGACUCCGCCCAUGCCCUGGGCAGCCCCAUAGUUGACCAAAGCAUGUUUGAGAAUUCAAACACAGCCCCCACGCCAAAGCUGCAGCUCAGCCAGUCUGUCUCCAAAGCCUUGCUGGGUCCCGCCCUUGAAGGUCUGCCAGCUGCAGCUGAGCCUGGACUGUGGGUGGGGAGCAGCCAGCACCUCAAGAACCUGAGCAAGGCUGUCGGGGCCAAAGUCAACGACUUCCUGCGCCGGAAGGAGCCCGCCAGUCUGGGCGAGGUGGGAGUGACCGAGGUCAAUGCCAGCGUGGGGGCCAAGCUGUCGGGCGGGACGCUUGCACUGCUGGGGGACCAGGCCCAUGGUGCAGGGCGUAUGCUGUUGGAAACCUUUCCCCGGCUCGACCCGCCACCCCCGGCAGCCAAGAAGCGCACACCCCGGGCUUUGAAGACCCCUCUGGAUAUGCUGAUCUCCUCCCAGCCAGUGGUGAGCAGCCUGGAGUGCAGCACUGAAGCGCUACCAGAGCAAGGCCAGGAACACCCCAAGCAGGCUGCCCAGGGGGAGCAAUGGAAGGUGGCGUGGGACAUGUCUCAGCUACAGGGCAGUGCUGAGCUGGGUGCCCAUGGCACAGCAGUGCCGAACGGGGACAGGCCCUCCCACAGCAGGGUUCUCUCAGUGCCUGACCUCAUCCACGAGGAGAACCUGGAGGGCAAACUCAACGCUGCAGACAGGCGGACAGCCUCCCCGCCCUGCCCAGAGAAACCCGCCAUCAGACUCAGUUGCCUGCUGGAGUACCAGCCCCCCGUGGAUGACGGCCAGCCUGUGGCACAGCCCUCUGGCCUGGAGAAUGAGGGGGCCCAUCCAGACCUCCUGUCCUUUGAGUAGCAGCCCCCGUGUACCAGGGGAGUCAGCCACUUCCCCACUCAAGAACACCCCUCCCCAUCUGCUGCAUUGUGCCCCUUUGCCCUGCAGGCAUGGAGGUGGAGAGGGGGCAUGCUGACUGCAUUCUUGGGGCGCUCAGCAGUGACUCCUGUCCAGGGGGCUUGAAGAAAAGCCCAGCCCCUGCCUGCUUGUCCCCUCAAACAAUGGAAGGGUGGGGGGGUGAUCCUCGAGGCUGUCCACACAGUCACUGCCCAUCCUCCCCGGGCCUUAGUGCAGGCCGUGCCAGUGAGCACUGCUCACCGUGGCCAGGCCAGAGCAGACACCCUGGGCGGGACUUCUGUUCUCUCCCAUCAGGGUCUCCAGCCACACCCUGCACCCCCUGCCGCCCUUCUGUCCCGGUGCCUUUCUCUCAAGCAGCCCUGGGGCUGAUGGCAGAGGCAGGCCAUGUGCCAUUUGCCGUAGGUCCCUCUCAAGUCCCUCACUACACGGUUCCUGCUCCUGCACUGGCCGACAGCGGUGCCUACAUCUCCAGCAGCACUUUUCCCUGAGCUGUGCAGGGCAUGGGGCACUGGGCCUGGUCUCUCAGGGGGAAGCCAGUCCACUCCUCGCACACAGACCGCCCCACUCUAGGGCUCCCUUGGGCUGCUCUAGUCCCUCUGGGCCACACCCCAACUGUAGGAGGGGCUGGUCUCUGCUGGGGGCUGGGAAAAUGGAAAUGACUUGAUGAUGGCUCAUGUGCCUUGAAGGCCAUGGCCCUGAGGCAUAGCCCACAGGCCUGGUGUCGCCCACUUGUGCUGUAAAAUGCCCAGUGGCUUUGCCAGCUGGGGCAUGUGCUCUCUGUCAGCUACAGAGGCAGGGUAUCCCAUUUCUGCCUGGGGGAAAUCUUCUCCCACUUGAUCCAUCCCUCUCCCAGCAUGCACUGGGUACCACUGACAGGGCAGUCUCUGUCCUAUGCCCCUUUCUUACACUGCACUGGUGCCAGCCCUGGAAUUUCAGCCCUGGUUCAGACCCAUUGCCUUGCCUGCACUGAGGGAAAUGCACAGUUCCAUUGCUGAGCUGACAGGAGGGGCAGGGGCAGAAGACCAGUCUUUUCAACUACUUUACAAAUGAAGUUUUAUGGGUAGAGACAGUUUUGUACCAGACAAAUCCACCUCAUCAUCCUACUGAGGUAAUGAGGCCAUGGCUAUUGAUGGGCCCUUUAGUUUGGGAAACAGACACUAUGAGUAAUGUACUAGCCAGGCUGAGUGCCAGCUGCUGGGAGGAUGUCCUCUUGAUCUUUAAUUCCCAGGGAAAGGGACCAUCUGAAAAUGAAUGAUACAUACAAAAGAGUUCAAUGACAGCUGCAAUGUGCCAGGUGAUUUUUGAUACAAAAUGAACCAUGUAUAUGUGUGUAGAUUCUGUAUGUGUCCAAAGCUACCACACAAAUAGAAAUCUGUUUAGAAAUAUACAGCUUCUGUAAGUACCUAUAUAAUGUAUUACAGAAACACCAGAAAGUCUCUUUGUGUAAUGAAGCAGUCUCCCACCACACUGAUAUUCUGAAAAGCCCAGAGUUAGCUCACUGUGCUUGGCGAGCCUCUCUUUAUAUCGUUUAGGAUGUGUAGGUAAUCUGGAGGAAAUACAUAGAUUGCACAAUAAAGACUUUUUCUUCAGUGUGA